GAAGAAAUGAAGAGCGAAGAGCCAAAAGCGGCACCUGGAAACACCAUCUUGGCAAAACCAACCACAACACAGCAGGUGAGAACGGAGGUGAAACCGUUUUUAACCUUAAUCUGGUCGGUAAUCAACGGCAUCGUAGUGUAAACUGAAAUGGGUCGAUGUGUAACUCAAUUAUAGCGCCGAGAGCUUUUUUGCCUGGGUAUAACGAAUAAGCUAUGUUUACCAAGUCAAACAGGAUAAAGUUCAGCUGUAGGGAAGCUGCAACCGGUCGAACAACAUUUCUGCCCCCUGCGUACGCAAGUGAUGGUUUAUACCACAAUAACUUAUGAGGGUGUUCUCUCUGUUUUUUGAACGGGGAUUUGGUUGCAACAACAAAUCCAAACACGUAUCUAAAUAAAUUAUAUGGGACUGAAGGUGAUUUUCUUACCUUGAAAAUGUUAGCAAUUAUUUUUCAGGUCCGUAUUACACAUAAGUGGUUGGAUAUGAAUUUGGAGGUAUUAAUUGUACACAACCAUUGUGGCCAUUGCCUUGAAAGCAUGGGCUACUCCUUUCCCCUAAUGAUAAAGUUGAAAUGAAAAGGGAAGUUUGCCCUAGUAGGUCAUUAAAACUGGUGCAACCAGUCCUAGUUUGCAUGACUUCAUAUUGAUUCAAACAACUUCUAGAAUAAUUGAUGUAGAAGAAUGCAAGUAAAUUGGUUAUAGUUUGGAGAGGUUAACUUUAAACAUAGCCCGCCUAACUCAAUUGAUGCAUGAAUCAUACAGGAGACUGUCUGCAUUUUGCAGCAACUUCCUCAGUGGGGUAAGCCUACAUGAUAGCCCGUCGACUACUUCUUUCUAUAGAGAUACAUUUCACACAGGAAGGAUAACCGGCCGACGGUUUCAUAAACGCUUUUCAUGAGAAUGCAAUGGAGGUAAAUGGACCCACUAAGAAUAAUGUCGCCAGCCCAACACCACAGUCCCAAUCUGAAGCACAGCCCCCUGCCCCCGUAUCGGACCCACACAUCCCACGAGAGCAGUGGGGUGGCAAGUAUGAGUUCCUGCUGUCCUGUAUUGGAUAUUGCGUCGGCCUUGGCAACGUGUGGCGGUUCCCCUACCUCUGCUACCGCAAUGGAGGAGGUGUGUUCCUCAUACCCUACUUCAUAAUGCUGUUCUUCACUGGUGUCCCCCUGUUCCUCAUGGAGCUGAGUCUGGGCCAGUAUGGAGCCGCUGGCCCCAUCACUGUAUGGAAGUGUUGCCCUCUCCUUAAAGGUAUUGGCAUCGGGAUGCUGUGCGUGUCCACGCUGGUGUGCCUCUACUACAACGUGAUCAUCGCCUGGACCUUCUACUACCUGGGCAGCUCCUUCCAGAGCCCCCUGCCCUGGUCCUGCGAGGCCCCCGCCAAUGCGGCCCUCUGUGCCAACAUCAGCUCGGGCAACGGGUCCUUUCAGAGCCCUUCAGAGGUCUUCUGGAAUGAGAAGGUGCUUGGUGUAGUGCACAGCAAGGGCCUCCACGACCCGGGGCCGGUGCGAUGGCCUCUGGCCCUCUGCCUGCUGGCUGCGUGGAUCAUCAUCUUCCUCUGCAUGCUGAAGGGCAUCCGCAGCUCCGGGAAGGUGGUUUAUGUCACCGCUACGUUUCCCUACUUCGUGCUGCUCGUGCUGAUUAUCAAGGGCGCCACGCUGGAAGGAUCGCUCCAAGGGGUGGCCUUCUACCUCACCCCUGACUGGAGCCGUCUAGCCAGUGCACAGGUGUGGAACGACGCAGCCUCCCAGGUCUUCUACUCUCUGGGUAUCGGGGUGGGGGGCCUGCUGUCAAUGGCGUCAUACAAUAAAUUUGACAACAACGUCAUCAGGGACACGUUGAUAAUAGUCGUCGGGAACUGUAGCACCAGUUUCUUCGCCGGCUUCGCAAUCUUCUCCAUCCUGGGUCACAUGGCCUGGAGAAAGGGCGUUCCCGUGGGCGAAGUGGCAGACACAGGUCCUGGUUUGGCAUUUGUUGCUUACCCAGAGGCCCUGGCUCUCCUGCCUGGUUCCGUAUUCUGGUCAAUCCUCUUCUUCCUCAUGCUCUUCAUGCUGGGCAUCGACACAUUAUUUGGGAACAUGGAGGGCAUUACGACCGCAGUGUUGGACGAGUUUCCUCAGCUGAGACAAAACAUGAUGCACAAGACCCUGUUCUUGGCGGCUCUGUGCUUUGCCUUCUACCUGAUGGGUCUCCUGCUCAUCAGCGAUGGCGGCAUUUACUGGUUCACCCUCAUUGACUCCUUCAGCACUAGUUUCGGCCUGAUAAUCAUCGCCCUCUUCAUGUGCAUCGGCAUCUCCUUCUUCUAUGGAGUGAACCAGUUUUGCCAGGACAUCAUCGAUAUGAUCUGCCACUGUCCCCCAUGGUGUACCAAGUUUCUUUUCUUCUUCAAAGCGUGUUGGGUAUUCAUCACUCCCUUCCUUCUCCUGUUCAUCCUGACCUACAUCUUCUUUGAGAUGUACAACACGUCGCUCCAAUACGGCUCCUACGUGUAUCCCUUCUGGGGCAAGGCGCUCGGCGUGUGCAUCGGCAUGGCCUGCUGCAUGCAGAUCCCUAUCUGGGCCGGGGUGGCCAUCUUCAAGGAGUCGGGAACCCUCAAAGACCGCUUCCAGAAGGCCAUUCGGCCUCUAAACUCCUGGCGGGCCAACACCCUGAGCAGCUCGGGUCAGACGGAGGAGCAGGCGGAGCCAGAACGGGUCGAUGGCCCCUACACCGUCAACCUCACCAGCAUGGACUUCAACGCCAUGACCUGGCAGUCAGACAGCAACGCAUGAUGGAUCUAAGGGACAGCCAUGUUGCCAUGACAAUAAGUGGGGGGGUUCCUACCCUAAUGGUUCCCGCUCGGUUCUGGAGAUUGUGAUGCAAACCAAUGUUUUGUCCUGCAGGGAAGUGUAGAAUGGACUAGUCGUUUUAUUUAUACUUCUACGAUAUUUCAAUGUACUGUAUGUUUUUUUUAAAAAAUGUUUUUAUAUCUAAAAAGGGUUUGGCCCUAUGUUAUUGGUCGAUAGAUUUACUGUUUGGUUGAUAUUCAAUACAUCUAUUGAUUAACUUAUUGUUGAUAGUAUUUUAUUAGUAUUUUUUUCCAAGGACAGAGGCAUACAGUGGGCAGUCCACCGUCAUUCAUGGUGUAUACAAAGAGGCCAAGCAGUGAUUGUUGAGUUGAGGUUGCAUCUUCUACAGACUCCGUGAGGUUGCAGCUAUUCAUAAAAUGAUAUUUUGAUGUUGGUGACAUGAAAUUACUGAAGCCAACCAUGGUUACUUUGGGCUUUACCUCAAUAAUGGAUGAUAUACUUGCUUUUCGAAAUAAAGAGUUUUCAGAUAUUUUAAUUUUCAACAAUAACAAUUGUUUUAGUCAUACGCCCCACUCGAGUCUCCCAGAGCUUGCUGCUAAUGCUUGUAUUUUCUUAUUAUUUGUAAUCUCCAAUAGUCUAUUGGCGCUGUUAAAAAACUGUUGUUUAACAAAGGCUGCCCUCUACCGGAAAAAAACGGGUAGGAUUAUUAUUGACGAUGAAUCCAAAUAAAUAUAAUAACGGAUCCAUAUUUAAUCGUGUAUACGUCUAUGGUUUAGAUGUCAAACUAGACACCUUAUGAAGUUUCCUCCUUUAUUUGUUGUACCUCGAGUUGGCGGGAUAUAUACUUCAGACGGAUGUUGCGUUAACUUUUCCCGCGUUUUUGAGUCGUCGGUACGCUCGUUUACAUACAAUUUGGAGAUAUGUCACCUGACCCAGUGAACAAAUGUUAGCUAACUCCUAUUUCACCAUCCAAAAUCAUAAUUAACGGUAAUUUGACGCUAUGACGAUGUAACUUGAAUUUAACGUGAUCCUGUUGGUUGCCAAUACAU